UGAAAUAGAACGAAACAUCAGCUGCCGCGCCAGAACCUCCAUUAGAGCGGGAGAAACGCAAAAUUUCCCCCCAAUCCUCCUCCGCCUUCUUCGAUUCGUUCUCCGGCCCGCUCGAGAAGAGAACCUGGGUCCGCCAUGGCGACUCUCUUCCUCGCCCUACAGUGCGUGGAAUGCUCCACCAUGCAGGUGAAGCAGCAGAAGAAGAGCAGCAACAAGUGGGCGUGCGCGGUGUGCAACCGGCGCCAGUCCGUGAUCCGCGUGCACGCCCGCGGCUACCGCGCCGCCGACCUGCGCCGCUUCGUCCAGGACGCCAACCUCGCGCGCGGCCGCGGCGCGCCGGUGCGCGAGGCGGACUGGGACCCGCCGGCGGCCGGGGAUCAGCAAGACGAGACCCCGAGGGAGAGGAAGCGGAUGGAUUGGUCCGAGUACCUGGACGACACCACCGGGGAGCGUCAUGGCGGCCGCGGCUCUGCUGAUUCCCGUGAUGAUGGGGUUGAAGUGACAACUGAGUUACCCCAGGAAAGACCUAAAGCUCCUUCCUUGAAGAGGCCCCCAAAAGCCCAAUUGGGUGUAGCUGGAAAGAGGCCCAAGCCACCAAUCAACCCCUCUCUAUCCAAGAUGCAGCAAAUGGAACAAGGUCCAACUUCCUCAACUGUCUGCUCUGCAACUUCUACUGCUGAAGCACAAAGAUCAAAGUUCAGCAAGUAUUUGGACAGUAGCUUCUUUGAAGAUAGAAAUCAGGAGGGUUCUGGGCUCCAUUGGACUGACCUUGAUGAAAGUGCUCCCACUACUGAGGUAGUGGUGGAUGAUGAGUGUAUCUGCUCAGCCUCUUACUACGCACCCACCUUCAUCCUUGGAGUUUCAGAUACAUCUAUGUUACUAAGAUAUUCUUGUCUUCAGAUAAGUGUUGGAUGUAGGAAUAGGAAUUAUAACUCGGAAUGUUUUGUUUCAUGUAUAGACAGUUAGGCACUACUGCACGAGCCCAUAAUGCAUCAAUAUCUUUAGCCUUCUUCAGUUAUUAAUAUUUGAACAUAUAUAACAUGAUGGUGCUAAAACCAA